AUGGAGUCACUUGCAGCUUUUCCUGAUGGAGAGUGGGACUCGUUUAACAAAGUGUUCUCCAUUGAAGACCAGCUUGAUUUCUCACACCAAAUUCUUUAUCAGUUUUCGUUUCCUCUAGAGCAUGAUGAGGCCUUGAGUUUUUUUUCAAACCCUCGAGUCGAUGAGAUUUUUAUGCCUUCUGCCAAUGCUCUCCACUCUAGUUUUCACUAUGAUUCUCUUGAUCCCUACAAUUUUACUGGCUUUAAUCAUAUUGCUGCAACACCGGUCCCAAACACUGUUAAUUCCAUCGAAUUGCAUGGCGGAGCCGGAGGGGAUAAAAUCAACAGCAUUUCAACCGAGAACCCGAAGAAACGACCGUGGGCUUCUAAAGAUGUAAGAGAAAAAAAGAAUCGCAAGAUCAAUGUGAAUGGCAAUGAAGGAGAGUGUAACAUGGUUGCAGUUCAUGGAUUUGGUUCAGGCACGUGUAGUUCAGAUGAUGACAAUGUUUCUCAGGACACCAAAGGCUCUCAAGUUCUUAACUUGAAUGGAGAGACAAGAGCCAGUAGAGGAUCAGCAACUGAUCCCCAGAGUCUUUAUGCAAGGAAAAGAAGAGAGAGGAUCAAUGAGAGAUUGAGGAUUUUGCAGAACCUUGUACCCAAUGGAACAAAGGUUGAUAUCAGCACAAUGCUUGAAGAGGCUGUUCAUUAUGUGAAGUUUUUGCAGCUACAGAUCAAGGUAACUGAGGCAAAAUGGAUUCAAUAAAAUCUUGAUUAAAAUAAAAUAAAUGUAUGAUUUAAGUCGUAAUUACUAAUAUGGA